GUUAUUCCAUUUUUUUUAGGCAAUCAGCUCCCUUAAGAAGUAUCCCUUGCCGCUGCACAACGGAAAAGAGGCAAAAAUUCUGCAAAACUUUGGGGACGGUAUCUGUAAGAUGUUAGAUCAGCGACUGGAGAAGCAUUAUGCGGAGAAUGGUGUGUAUACAGUUUGAUAAUGUUAAGUAAAUACCAGGCCUUGCAAUGUUGAACCCUAACAAAUUAAAUAUCCAAGUAGCAAACGUUAGUGGAUGCUACUUUUUCUUUUUGCAUAUUAUCCAGGAAAGUUAUAUGCUAAAUCUUACUAUCUGUUGGCACUUUUUGUGAGGAUAGUCUAUAGCUACUUAGGCUGGAUACAUUCCUAGAAGCAUGGUAGCCGUUUGGUCUUCAGAUUUUCAGUUUUUUGUGUGGGUGAAAAAAAGCCCUUUUUAAAAAAUGUAUUAGAUUUUUUACAUAUUAUUCUUUAUAAAUAGUCUGGCACAGUCACAGGAGAAAAAGAGGUAAUAUAUGACUGAGCAUAAUAGUACCCAAUAUGGAAUAGUGAGAGAAAAACCAUUAGGCAUUUCCAUUGAAACACGAUCUUUACAUGCCCAAAAGGCUUUGAAAGUAAAAAAGAAAUACCACAAAAAGCAGGAACCACACGAGGUGCAAAUCUUACGGAGGUUGGCAUAAACUCCUUAUACAUAUGGAAAUACCAAAGAAGGUCCAGGCACACAAGGGUUCAUUGUCAUGCAGUUUUAAUGUAACUUCAUGUAUAGAUCAAGCAGCAACGUUUCAACCUCACUCCGAAAAGACCUCGAUGUUUUGACCUGACAUCGAGGUCUUUGUCAAGCUUGACUGGUCAAAACAUUGCUGCUUGUUCUGUACAUGAAAUUAGUUUAAAACUGCCUGUCACUGAACCCUUAUGUGUCGGGACCUUCCUUGGUAUCUUUUUAUCAAAUUACAGUUUAAAAAAAAAAAAGGGAAAACCCCCCCCCCACAACAUCAUAUACUAAUAAAACCACAAUCUAUAUACUAUAGAAAAUGGUCAAACCCAUAUAUAUUUCUUCCCAAGGUGCCCAAACCCUAGUUAACAACUUUAUGGAGUUAUGGACCAUAGCAGCAAGUGUAUCUAUUUAAUAGUUUACUGCUAUUUACCUUUUUACUUCAACCAUAGAAGGAGUUGAGUUUAACCAACCAGCCGCCAAUGCCCUCCUAGCUGCCAGCGUAAUUCCUCGCACAUUGGUAAAGGGGUCAUUACACUGGGUAAAAAUGACCCACUGAAACCGGUUUACAAGGUCUUAUGGACAAACGACUGCCAGGGAGCGAGUAUUCAGAUGAAUUCGGGAGGGGGAAGUCACUGAACCAGGGGAACCGGAAAUAUGACUUGUGGGGAGGUCGGGCAAGUUAACUCCCGAACGGUGUAUCCGGACACAGUUGAUAAUUUGAGUGUUAGAACGUAAACUAGUAUGUAACAUGAGGACACUCUGUCAAACUCAAAAAUUGUACAUACAUACCUGCACCCAAAAGAAGGUGCUUAGCAACCAGCUGCCAGUUAUUCUCCAGUAACCUUCACUGUCUCUUCCAAUUGGUAAAGUUCUAGGCAGGAAUUCUGGAAUCUGUAACCAUCAUUUACCAAUCCCCUACCUGCCAAUUGAAGCACAACUAAAGGAACAGGGAGGAUAUUUGUUUUACAUUUAUUGAACUUCAGGACACAGUAGUGCUGCAGUAGACUGGAACACCUUAUUCUCAUCACCAGUAAUUGUAAGCUACUAUAUAUAUGGGAUAGAGGCGCCAACAGUGUUCACUGCUCUCUGUUAUCGGUUUCCCAGGUGCCUGGAUGGGCCCCUGCUCCCAUGAGAGAAUACUGCUUAUUACUAAUAAUAAUGCUAACCGUGUGGGUAAUAGUAAAAAGAGGUCUGACGCCUUGUGUAAAUCGUUCACUAAAAUGAUAGACCAAUAUGAUCUAUACAAUGCCUGGAGGAUAUUGCACCCAAUGGAUAGGGAUUAUUCCUAUUACUCGAGAGUGCACAACACUUAUACGCGCAAAGACACCUUUUUCUGGACAGAACAAUGCUACCCAGCUUUCAUGUUGUAACAUUGGUGACAUAACAUGGUCGGAUCCAAUCUGGUUUAUUUAGAUCUCCUUAAUACGUUUCAAUUUAAAGGCUGGUGCUCCUGGCGCCUUAAUAAAUCCCUCUUGACUAAUGACUCUUUUGCAAAUGACAUGGAGCAGUGAUACAGGACUAAUUUGAGACAAAUGUGGGUACAGAGGUGCCGGAUUUUACAGUAUGGUUAGUGCAUAAGGCAGUAGUGAGAGGACUAUUUAUCCAACGUUCUUUUCUCAAUAGACAUCAAACCACCUUGCAUGCCAUAAACAAAUUGCUAUAACCUCUUCACAGAACAAAAUCCUCCCUAUUCCAGAUCCAGCAGCAAAACUAAAUAUUUAUACUCCUGUAACAUUUUCCUCCUCACCUUGCAGUAUUUGCGCCCAGCGGCCGUGCGUCUACAUAACUGACUCCUGCAACAUGUUAAUGGCCGCUGGCCGUGGCAGAUCCACACCCAUUUGUAGCCCCACAUCCGCCCAUGUUAAUGACGACGUCGGCGUGUGUGUGAUGUCAUGCGGGAGAUGCGCGCGCACAUUCUGGGGUCAAAGGCCGAUUUCGGUCAAUCAAAGUUGUUAAGGGCUUAUUUAAACAUAAUUCUACUUUUCCUCAUUGCCCUGUCGUGGUUUCCCUUAGUGGUUGUUAGAGAGUGUUCCUGAGCAUUUAUUUCUGGUUAUUGACUUUGGCUUCGUUUCACUUCCCUAUAUUCUGGUAUCAGUGACUUCUGGCUUUUCCUUAUCGUUGUGUUCCAUUCUGUGUCCCCCAACCUCGGCAAGUAUCCUGACUAUUCUUUGGUACGUUAAGUCUGGCCAUUCUAAGGCCUGGUAAUACGUUACCUAUUAGUCUUCAGUCUGACACAAUCCUACAUGCUGGAUCAAUUAGUAAUCCUGACAUUACGACAUGGCCAUAGAUCCUGUAGAAUUGUGUCAGCACAAAGCAGCUUGUGAGAGAAAGCUAAAGGAGAAUGAUCACUGUAUGAAUCAGUUUGCCCAGGCUUUCAGUAUGCUUCUUACUCGAACAGCGCAUCUACAGCCUAUGGUUUCUCCAACUAUGUCACCUCCGCCUAGUGUACCUCCACCUAUAGUACAUAAGGCACCUACUAUCUCCUCCCCCGCAUUUUGAUGGUAAUAUUCAAGAAUGCCAGGAAUCCCUGAAUCAAACUGAGUAUCAUUUUGAGUCCUCACCAGGAUCUUUUCCUACGGAUAGAGCUAAGACUGGUUACCUGAUGAACCAACUUUAAGGUAAAGCCUUAGAGUAUUCCACAUAACUACCAGGAAUUCUUUGCAGCAUUCAAAUUAACAUUCAAACCAUUAGGCAGGGAGGAUGACGCCUCCACUGCCCUAAUGCGUAUCAAACAAGGUCUAUCUCAGAUUACGCCAUAGAAUUUCACACCUUGGCUUCUGAGGUAGACUGGACUAAUAGCGGGUUAAUCUCUGCAUUCUAAAAGGGAUUAUCCAAGGCAAUUCUGGACGAGAUUGCUGCCAAAGAUCUACCUAAAAAACUGAGUUUAUCACAUUUGUCAAGCAAAUUUAUAAUAGCUUAAGAACCAGAGAAACUACCAGAAAUAGAUCCAGCAGUAUGGCUAUGUCAUUAGCACCUAGUUUUUCCAGACCUAUUGUUCUUGACCUCUCUGUUCAGUCCGAACCCGAACCUAUGCAGUUGGGGAUCACUAGACUGUCAGAAGCAGAAAGGCAAUUUAGGAGAAAAGAGAGUCUAUGCGGUAGAAAAGGAUAUAUCAGGAGUGCUAGUCCCAUACAUCUGGAAAACUACUGCACCUAAGAACCUUAAGGGGACAGGUCUUAGGUGUGAUGGAUACAUCCUCUGGGAAUAACAAAAAUAGAUUUCUCCUUGAUAUUACGAUCAAAUGUGACAAGAAGAACUUUUCAUGCAAGGCCCUGAUGGACUCAGGUGUGGCAGGAAACUUAAUUGAUGUACAUUUUGUAAAAAAAAAAAAAAAAAAAGUGCUAUACCUAUCAAGGAGAGAUCACCACCUCUGGCCGUAUAGCCUAUUGAUGGUAGACCACUCUCUCAACCCUUAAUUAACCGCAAAAUCUUUCCCAUUAACAUUUCCAUUGGUGCCUUACACAAGGAAGACAUAACAUUCCAAGUAAUUGCUUCUCCUUCUUCCCCAUCAUAUUAGGCUUUCCUUGGCUUAGUAAGCACAAUCCUCAUAUUGACUGGGCAAAAGGGGAAAUAUUGGAAUGGGGCAAGGACUGUACUGAGAUUUAUGUUGCACAUCACCAAAAGAGUGGGCAUCAUUACAUUACCCACUAAAACGCCUCAGACCUCCAAAGUUACCAUACAAUACUGGGAGGAAAGAUGGUGAGUUACGUCCAUGCAUAGACUACAGGGCAUUAAACAAAAUCACCAUUAAAAAUGCCUACCCAAUUCCCCUCAUUCCCAAAUUGUUUGACAGACUCCAGGGUGCUAAAGUCUUUACUAAACCUGACCUCAUGAGUACAUACAAUUUGGUUAGGAUUAAGGAGAAUCAUGAGUGGAAAACAGCAUUUAACACCAGAAGUGGACACUUUAAAUACCUUGUGAUGCCCUUCGGGUUGUGCAAUGCUCUGGCCGUGUUCAAGGUCUUUAUUAAUGAUGUACUCAGGGACUAUAUUUAUUAAUUUGUCUUAUUCUAUCUGUAUGACAUCCUUAUUUGUUCCCCUGACAUUCAGACUCACCACAAACAUGUCAAACAACUUUACUUAUAAAUCAACUUUAUUGUAAACUGGAAAAAUGCAUUUUUUAAUCAGACUGAAGUACAGUUUUUGGGUUAUAACAUUUCUGCCUCUGGGUUUCAGAUGGACCCUUAUAAACUAGAAGCUGUUCUACAUUGGCCAUUGCCCAAUGGACUAAAAGCCAUUCAAAGGUUUAUUGGGCUUGCCAACUAUUACAGGAGAUUUAUCAAAGGGUUCUCUUCUGUGAUAGCCCCCAUCACUAAUAUGACACGCAAGGGGGCUAGCAGUACGAUAUGGUCUAAGGAGGUUAGGGAAGCUUUUGAAAUUCUCAAACAAAGGUUUGCCUCUGCUGACAUAUUAAGACAUCCCGACACCAGCAAACCUUUCAUACUGAAGGUUGAUGCCUCUGAAACUGGGGUAGGAGCUGUUCUAACCAGUCUUUGGAAUUAUAUUUGCGUUGUUUUAUUUUGUUAAUAGCACUCAAGAUAAUUGGUCCGAAUUACUACCCUGGGCUGAGUUUGCUAGAAACAAUGCUAAUCAUGACUCUUCCGGUCAUAGUCCUUUCUUUGUUAAUAACGGUCGUCAUCCUACUUUACUGCUGGCUGUUUUCUCUGACACCGCUAUCCCUGCUUUGGAUGAUCACCUUGCUUCUAUUCGUGAUACGUGGACCAAGGUUCAUUCUGCUCUCAAAAUUGCGGCUGAUCGUUUUAAAUUUCAUGCUGAUGAACGGCGGGGUGCCAACCGUGUUUACCAGGUGGGUGAGAGGGUGUGGUUAUCGUUCCUAGCAUGAAGUUUGCUCCCAGAUUCCUUCACCCGUUUCAUAUUCUUAGUAGAAUUAAUCCUGUUUCAUAUUCUUUGGCUCUACCUAGCUCCUUGCGGAUUCCUUAUACCUUUCAUGUUUCUUUGUCAAACCACUUGUUUGCAUUAAGUAUACUGUCCCAGGUGUUCCCCCUCCUCCAUUGGUUGUUUCUGGUCAGGAAGAGUAUGAGAUGAUCUCCAUAAUUGAGUCCAGAUUUUCUCGGAGCUCUUUGCAGUAUUUAGUUGAUUGGAAGGGGUAUGGGCCUGCCGAACGUUCUUGGGCUCUGGCCUCUGACAUUCAUGCUGGUCGCUGUGGCUUCACACCCAAUUAUAGCCCACGUCCGCCCAUGUUAAUGACUACAUCGGCGUACAAAUGACGUCACGAGGAAAGUUUACUUUCUGAGCAAAUUAAGAGCCAAUAACUACCACAAUAGCGGCAAAGCUACUAAAUACCUUUCCUCAAGACUUUGUAACAAAUAUGCCAAUAUUAAAAUUGCCUAUAUCAUGGGUAAGGACGGUCUAAAAAAAGUAACUCCUAAUGACAUUAGCCAAGAAUUCGCAAAUUUUUAUUCGAAAUGAUAUAAUCUAAAGACCAAUGGGAAUAUUUACAAUUCUAGCGAUGACCAAAUUAGCGCCUAUUUACAGACUAUAAAAUUUCCCCAGAUUAAUCUAGCACAGGCUGGGGAGCUGAUAUAACCUAUUAGACUUAAAGAAGUGUUAGAUGCUAUAGCUGGCUUGCCAAUGGAUAAAAAAUGCCAGGUGCAGAUUCCGAUUAUAAAAAAUAUGCAAGGGAACUAGCUCCCCGCUUAUUGAAAAUAUACUAUGAAGCCACAGCCACUGGGUCUUUACCAUCCGAAAUAUUACUAGCUACAGUAGUUACCACUCCAAAAUCCGAUAAGUCCCCAGAAGCGUGUAAGAAUUACCGUCCCAUAUAUUUAUUGAACAGACUAGGUAGUAUUCUGCUGUCCCUUAUCACCGAUGACCAAAUCGGGUUUGUCCAGGGAAUAUACAUCUGAAAUAGUUACCCCAGAUAACACCAGAAAGCUUUCAUUGAUUUUAGAGCAUCUCCGAGGGACCAGUGGGGGCAUUGGAUGCAAAAUAGGCCUUUGACCGUCUCAGCUGGUCCUUCCUGAUACAAGUAUUACAGGCCUACGGGUUCCCCCCUCAGCUGAUUACACAAAUGUUUGCCUUAUAUUCCGCUCAAGUCAUGCAAGCAGGUUUUUUGUCCAGCCCUUUCACUAUCACCAACGGGACAAAACAAGGCUGCCCACUGUCCCCUAUAUUAUACGUCCUCGCCUUGGAGCUGGUGGAAAUUAGAGACCUUGCGCUUCCCCACUUUCCGUUUGAGGAUGCCCCACAGAUGCUAUAUAGGGUUUAGGUCUGGAGACAUGCUUGGUCAGUCCAUCACAUAGAAUGUGACGUCAGAUAAGAACCAUUCGGCCCAUCUAGUCUGCCCAAUUUUCUAAAUGCUUUCAUUAGUCCCUGGCUUUAUCUUAUAGCUAGGAUAGCCUUAUUUAGCGCACCCUGUAUUUUUGUUGUUUCCUGUUCUCCCAGAUUUAUUGAAGGGUUUGAGGGUUGCCCUUCCCCUCAGGUCUGCAGCUCCAUCCACCCCUGUAGUUAGUACUGUAGCGCUGUUCAACCCCAAUUACUAUUUUUUCUAGGAUAGACUUAUGCCUAUCCCACGCAUGCUUAAACUCCUUUACUGUGUUAACCUCCAGCCUUCCAGCUGAAGUGGUAGAGGUUAACACAGUAAAGGAGUUUAAGCAUGCGUGGGAUAGGCAUAAGGCUAUCCUAACUAGAAGAUAAGGCCAGGGACUAAUGAAAGUAUUUAGAAAAUUGGGCAGACCAGAUGGGCCGAAUGGUUCUUAUCUGCCGUCACAUUCUAUGUUUCUCUUGUUCUGGUAGUUUUACUUCUUUUACAUAUACAGUCUCCUCCUUUACUGUGUUGAUUUCCUUUAUGUAUUGAAAUGUUUCUAUUCUAUCCCCCCGUCUUGUCUUUCCUCCAAACUAUACAUGUUAAGAUCCUUUAACCUUUCCUUGUAAGAUUUAUCCUGCAAUCCAUGAACCAGUUUAGUAGCCCUUCUCUGAACUCUCUCCAAAGUAUAAAUAUCCUUCUGGAGAUACGGCUCCAGUACUGCGUACAAUACUCCAAGUGAGGUCUCACCAGUGUUCUGUACAAUGGCAUGAGCACUUUUCUCUUGCUACCGCUAAUGCCCCUUCAUAUACAACCAAACAUUCUGCUAGUAUUUCCUGCUGCUCUAUUAAAUUGUCUGCCUACCUUUAAGUCAUCUGAAAUAGUUACCCCUAAAUCCCUUUACUCAGAUGUUGAGGUUAGGACUCUAUCAAAUAUUCUGUACUCUGCCCUUGGGUUUUUAUGUCCAAGAUGCAAUGUCUUGCACUUAUCCACAUUAAAUGUCAGCUGCCGCAACUCUGACCAUGUUUCUAGUUUACCUAAAUCAUUUGCCAUUUGGCUUAUUCCUCCUGGAACAUCAACCAUGUUACAUAUCUUUGUAUCAUCAGCAAGAAGACAUACCCUACCAUCAAAACCUUCUGCAAUAUCACUAAUGAAAAUAUUAAAGAGAAUGGGUCCAAUAUACUCCAUUGACUACAACCCUCUGUUGCCUGUCACUCAUCCACUGCUUUACCCAUUCAACAAUAUUGGAAUCCAAACUUAAAGAUUGCAGUUUAUUGAUAAGCCUUCUAUGUGAAACGGUGUCAAUAGCCGUACUGAAAUCUAGGUAAGCAAUGUUUACUGCACCACCCUGAUCUAUUAUUUUAGUUACCUAAUCAAAAAAAUCAAUAAGAUUAGUUUGGCACGAUCUCCCUGAAGUAAACCCAUGUUGUCUCUGAUCUUGAAUUCCAUAUGAUUUUAGAUGUUCAACAAUCCUAUCCUUUAACACAGUUUCCAUCACUUUCCCCACUACUGAAGUAAGGCUUACUGGCCUAUAGUUGCCCGACACCUUUCUACUACCUUUCUUGUAAAUGGGCACGACAGUCGCUAACUUCCAAUCUUCUGAGACUACUGCUGUUAACAAUGAUUGGUUAAAUAAAUCCAUUAAUGGUUUUGCUAGUGUCAGGUUUUAAAACUGACAUGUAAGACUUUUUUGUUUAUUACUGGCCCUUUAAGUGAACUUCAUGAUUUUCUCCUCUAGUGGCCUCCCUAGCCACUAAUCUAUUCACUCACCUUAAUAACCUCACCUGGAUUAACUAAUUAGGAGGCUUGAUAGGUCUACUCCCGGCACACAACAGGGCCUUGACAUUGAAGUCUAUGCUGUGAUAAAGAAUCUCUGUUCCUGGUAAUAUCCUGUAUUUUAUCUACAUUAUUUCAUUGUGUAGAGAACUUACCUGCAGUGCCUCAUCCUGUACUCAUCUGCAUUUCCUCAUACUGAAAGGCACUAACCUGCUGUCAGGGCUUACCUGAGUUGGGAGUCCGGCAGGCAGAGAUAUAUGCUCACCCUUGCAAGUAAACACAGGCCGAGGUGGUCAGGUGAGAAUUCACCUGGCCUGUGAGUCGGUUCACGGGGACUCUGCAGGUAAACUCCAAGUCGCGGUACAGGAACGGAUAAAGCAGGAGAAUCGUCGUGGGUAAGCCAGAGGUCAAAGGGUUCCAGAAAUCAGGAUUAACGAGAAGAAAGCCGAGGUCAAAGGAUGCCAGAAGUCAGGAUAUACGGAGUAACAAGCCAAGGUCAGGAAUCAACAGGAGCACACUGGAAUACAAACAGCAAUACUGAAACAGAGUCAAGGAACUGACACUGCCUUCUGGGAGAGGCAGUGUUUUAUACCUGGCUAACGAGACCAUCAACAUCAGGUGUACCAUGAGAGACAGGAGAAACUUCAAUACACAUCCAGCCCCCAGUGCUGGAUACAAGACAGGCGAGAUACUGGCAUUACUAAAGCUGAAUAGUAGCUCAGAGGUAACAUAGCAGCCCCAGGACUUCAAAGGUUCAAAUCCGCUACUGGGCACUCCUGGGGCAUCCUUGUUUGGCACUCCAGAAGUUACGGUGGGAACCGUGAUACCUGCAUUACUUCAUCCUGAACUUGCCCGAAUUACAUCUUACCGAAAGACUUUCGUUAUCAGCUUCCAAGAAUCCUGAUUUGUGGCGUAUUGCCUUCAUUGAAGAAUCUUAACUGCUUCAAUUGCUGCAUCACUGCAUGAUCUCGUCAGCAACCUGCAUUAUAUUAUUUUGGAAUAUACCUACCUGUUUCAACCUCUGCAACUCUGCAUGAUCCUGUAUUGUCUUAUCCUAAAAGGUAUUUACCUAUAAAUAGCUGCAUUGCAAAGUAUCCUGGAAAUCCUUAACUACUUGGUAUAACUUCAAGCUUGCUUGUAUACAAAAUACUUUUUUCAUUUUCUUUCUAAAGAUCUUGUUUGUAGCAUAUCGCCUAAACCCUGUUUUUUCUCACAAAGUAUCCUGUUUGUGGCAGACUGCCCUCUAUUCUUUAUUUUCAGUAAAUUUGUUAUGUCUCUCUGGCUCUUCCUGCAUCUUUGGGGGUUCCCAACACUUUUCAUGUGUCCUUAUGAAACUGUCCCUAUUAUGAUCUCUAUUGGGGUCUCCCAUAGGGAGGAGAUGACGUUUCAGGUUAUUACUUCUCCAUCAUGUCCUAUCAUAUUAGGGUUUCCGUGGCUGAGUAAGCACAAUCCCUAUAUUGACUGGGCUAAUGGGGGGAUAUUAGAAUGGGGUAAAGAGUGUAUGGGGAGAUGUAUAAAACCAGUACUAAAGAGAUUGGAUACUAUUGACCUUCCCACUACCACUCCCCAAAUUCCUGGAGUUCCCAUACAAUACCGAGAACUUCAGGAGGUGUUUAACAAGGCUCAGUCCAAUGUAUUGCCUCCCCACAGAGCAUAUGACUGUGCCAUUAACCUGUUUCCAGGCGCUAUGCCACCUAAGGGGGCAGUUUAUGCCUUAUCUCCCCAGGAGAGUAAAAUAAUGGAGGAAUACAUUAAAGAAUCCUUGAGCAAAGGGCACAUAAGAAAGUCAUCCUCACCAGCUGGUGCAGGAUUCUUUUUUGUUGAGAAAAAGGGUGGUGAGUUACGCCCUUGCAUAGACUACAGGGCACUUAAUAAAAUCACUGUAAAAAAUGCAUACCCUAUCCCACUCAUUUCCGAAUUGUUUGAUAGACUUCAGGGAGCUAAAGUAUUUACUAAGCUUGACCUUAGGAGCGCUUACAAUUUGGUUAGAAGUAAAGAGAAUCAUGAGUGGAAGACAGCAUUUAAUACCCGUAGUGGACACUAUGAAUAUCUGGUAAUGCCAUUUGGGUUAUGCAACGCCCCGGCCGUAUUCCAAGACUUUAUAAAUUAUGGACUCAGGGAAUUCAUUUACUCAUUUGUCUUGGUUUAUUUGGACGAUAUUUUGGUGUAUUCCCCUGAUCUUCAAACUCACCACUCCCAUGUGAAACAGGUACUGCAGACGUUGUUGAAAAAUAAACUUUAUUGUAAAUUAGAAAAGUGCAUAUUUGUCUAGCCUGAAGUCCACUUUUUGGGUUACAACAUCUCUGCAUCGGGAUAUCAAAUGGAUCCUAAAAAACUAGAGGCUGUACUACACUGGCCAUUACCCUCUGGUUUAAAAGCCAUUCAAAGGUUUAUUGGUUUUGCCAACUAUUACAGAAGAUUCAUCAAGGGAUUUUCUUCUGUAAUAGCUCUCAUCACUAAUAUGACUCGCAAAGGGGUUAGUAGCACGGUAUGGUCCAAAGAGGCUGUGAAUGCUUUUGAGACUCUUAAACAAAGAUUUGCCUCUGCGGACAUACUAAAACAUCCUGACACCAGUAAACCUUUUAUAUUGGAGGUUGAUGCAUCCGAGACAGGGGUAGGGGCUGUUCUCUCUCAGAGAGAAAGCCAGGGAACACCAUUGCAUCCUUGUGGCUACUUCUCCAGAAAGUUGUCUCCUGCUGAGCGCAACUACGAUAUUGUCAAUAGAGAACUGUUGGCCAUUAUUCUUGCCCUCAAGGAGUGGCUACAUCUUUUGGAGGGUUCCAAGGACUCCCUGCUGAUCAUAACCGACCACAAAAACCUGGCAUAUAUAGGGGAUGCCAAACGUUUGUCUUCCAGACAGGCUAGAUGGUCACUGUUCCUUUCACGCUUUAACUUCCUCAUUACUUAUAGACCUGGUUCUAAAAAUACCAAGGCUGAUGCCUUGUCCAGGCAAUUUGAUAAUGAGUCAGCUCCGGAACAGGUGACAUCUCCUAUUAUUCCACCAGAGUGUAUUAUUGCUACUACUGUCCUCUCACUGUCUUGAUCUCUCCUUCUCCUCCUCCUACCAUCCACAGACCAAUGGUACAGCUGAGAGGGCUAACCAGUCAUUAGAAGUUUAUUUGCAUUGUUUUAUUAAUAGCACACAGGACAAUUGGUCCGAACUACUCCCGGGGGCCGAGUUCGCUAGAAACAAUGCUGUUCUUGACUCCUCUGGGCACAGUUCAUUUUUUGUCAAUAAUGGUAGGCAUCCUACGGUUCUCCCUGCGUUAUUUUCUGAUACUGCCAUUCCUGCUCUGGAUGAGCAUCUGGCCUCCAUUCGGGAUACCUGGGUUAAGGUUCAAACUGCUCUAGGGGCUGCUGCUGAACGCUUCAAACAUUUUGCUGAUAAGCGUAGCAGUGCCAACCCGGUGUACCAAGUGGGGGACCGGGUUUGGUUGUUAUCUCGCAACAUCAAGCUUAAGGUCCCUAGCAUUAAGUUUGCCCUCAGAUUCCUUGGUCCCUAUAAAGUGCUUCGUAGGAUCAAUCCAGUGUCUUACUCUCUGGCUCUUCCUGCAUCUUUGGGGGUUACCAACACUUUUAAUUUGUCCUUACUCAAACCUCUUGUUUGCAAUAGAUAUACUGUUCCUUGUGUUCUUCCCUCUCCGGUGGUGGUGGGUGGUCAGGAGGAGUAUGAGGUAUCUUCUAUCGUGGAUUCUACGUUUUCUCGAGGCACUUUACAGUACUUGGUUAUUUGGAAAGGUUUACGGUCCUGCUGAUCGUUCUUGGGUUUUUGGCUCCUGACCUGCAUGCGGGCCGUAAUUUCCUCUCAAGCCUGGUCCUGCCCGCCCGGUGGGCGUUCUUCAGGUGGGGGGUAAUGUCACAUAUUCAUCCGCUUAUAAAAAUGUGGUUAAUGACAUUUACUGUCCACACAGGAAAAGUUGUGCCGAGCAGCAACCUAAUCCACAGAAGGGUUAAUGCUGAGCAGCAAUUAUGCAAAUGAAACCUGGUAACUGACUUUGCGGUCAAAGGCCGGUUACAGCCUGUCAGAUCUAGAGGAGAGGUCUUUAGGCCUAGUUCUCAUCCUGCUCAGUGCCCUGUCGUGGUUUCCCUUGUGGUUGUCCGAGAGCGCGUUACUGUUUAUAGUUUUCUUCCUGGUUUUGGAGUUUGGCUUUGUUUAUUGACUUCUCUAUAUUCUGGUAUCCUGACUCCUGGCUUUCCUUAUCGCUGCGUCCCUUUCUGUGUUCCCUGACCUCGGCUAGUAUUUUUGACUAUUCUAUGUACGUUAAAUCCGGCCAUUCUAAGGACCGGUAAUACGUUACUUAUUUGUCAUCCGUGCUAUACAGUUCUACGUGCUGGAUCAAACAGUAAUCCUGACACUAACGAAUCCUUGUUUUACUUUCCUUUUAACUUCACCUUCACUUUUACCAUCAGCUUCUUUAACAAUGCAGUGGUCAUCUUGGAGGUGUGUUUGGGGUCGUUAUCUUGUUGGAAUACUGCCCUGCAACCCAGUCUUCGAAGGGAGGGGACCAUGCUCUGCUUCAAUAUGUCACAGUACUUGUUGGCGUUCCCUCAAUGAACUGUAGCUCUCCAGUGCUGGCAGCACUCAUCCUGCCCGAGACCAUGGCACUCCCACCAUCAUACUUGACUGUAGGCAAGACAUACUUGUCUUUGUACUCCUUACCUGGUUGCCACCACAGACACUUGACACCAUCUGAACCAAAUAAAUUUAUCUCAGUCUCAUCGAACUACAGGACAUGGUUCCAGUAAUCCAUGUACUUACUCUGCUUGUCUUCAGCAAACUGUUUGCGGGCUUUCUUGUGCAUUAUCUUUAGAAGAGGCUUCCUUCUGGGACAACAGCCAUGCAGUCCAAUUUGAUGCAGUGUGCGGUGUAUGGUCUGAGCACUGACAGGAUGACCCCCCAACCCCUUCUACCUCUGCAGCAAUUCUGGCAGCACUCAUACAUCUAUUUCCCAAUGAAAACCUUUGGAUAUGACACUGAGCACGUGCACUCAACUUCUUUGGUCGACCAUGGCGAGGCCUGUUCUGAGUGGAACCUGUCCUGUGAAACCACUGUAUGGUCAUGCCCACUGUGCUGCAGCUACGUUUCAGGGUCUUGGCAAUAUUCUUAUAGCCUAGGCCAUCUUUAUGUAGAGCAACAAUUCUUUUUUUUCAGGUCCUCAGAGUUGUUUGCCAUGCGGUGCCAUGUUGAGCUUCCAGUGACCAGUAUGAGAGAGUGUGAUAGCGAUAACAGCAAAUUUGACACACCUGCUCCCCAUUCACACCUGAGACUUUGUAACACUGAGUCACAUGACACCGGUAAGGGAAAAUGGCAAUUGGGAACAAUUUGGACAUUUCCACUUAGGGGUGUACUCACUUUUGUUGCCAACGGUUUAGACAUUGAUGGCUGUGUGUUGUUAUUUUGAGGGGACAGCAAAUGUACUCUGUUAUACAGGCUGUACACUUACUACUUUACAUUGUAGCAGAGGGUCACUUCUUCAGUGUUGUCACAUGAAAAGAUAUUAUAAGAUAUUUACAAAAAUGUGAGGGGUGUUCUCACUUUUUUGAGAUUGUAUGUGUGUGUGUAUAUGUAUAUAUGUAUAUAUAUAUAUAUAUAUAUGUGUAUAUAUAUAUAUAUAUAUAUAUAUAUAUAUAUAUAUAUAAAAACAGGGGGCUGCACUCACCUGAACAUGCAUAAACGGGGUGCUGCUGGGGGCUAAUUUAUACAAUACACAAGAUCCAGCACCUAUCCACUAAACCGCAACAUGGUGCGCCAAUCAACAAUAUAUAUAUUGUUUGGCAUUGGAGCUGUGUUUGCAUCUGUGAAUGUACCAGUAGAGGAGCUCUAGUCCUGACCAGGACUUUUCUCUGCUAGAUCUGAAGUAACUGGAACUCUGGAACAAGACACUGUAGAGUGAACUACUCUAUCUCUCUCAGUAAUUGGACGAUACACAGUUCUGGGAUUACAACUGAUUUUUAUUGUGCCACAUUCGUCCUUUUAUGUCUGGGAGUUAAUUGAGUCAGAGACGGGUAACUCAAUUAUCUCUCAGUUACAGGGAACAUACAUAUACUAUACAGUUCCCCAAAAAACACAUUCAAACUGCACAGGAACCCCACGUGACCCAUUAUCCCCGAAUAGCUUGGAUCUGAGCACCCAAGAUGUCCAAAUAGAGCUCAGAUCCACAUAUAAGGGAAUCACCUUUGGGGCAAAGUUUUGACCGGCCGGCCAUGAGGUUGUAGCCCAGAACAGUUCCAGGAAGAAAGAGCCAGUGGCCGGUGAACUUUCGGGAGUUCCUGUGCGAACAAAACCGAAUGCUCCCCAUGGGUCUUAAGGAGUGAAUACUCCCUUCAGGUGAAUUAGCCUUUUCCCUCAAAAAGCGUUCUCCUGGCUUGUCUGUGAGAGGGGCAGACGGCAGUACAAUUUCACCAGGGUUCGCGAAAUGGAGUAUCCAGAAUUGUCUCCAGGCUUUCGACCAAGUACCGCUGCCUGUAUUCACAAGACAAAAUGGCUGCCAUUCCAUAAAGCAUGUGCGUUCGUUCAUAGGAAUGGCGUUCAACCACAGAGAGCACUUGAGUUAAUGACUUAUUUUGAAGUUAAUGAGCCAGGGGGUGGUCGGAGUUCAUGAAGUAUAAAAAGGGGAAACGAUUCUUUGUUUAGAAAACGAUAGGGGGUGUACGGACAACCGAAUGAAGAGGGGACCAAGUUUGCUACAGUACCUACCUGAAAGCAUGUUUGCAAGUAAGUGAACAUGCCUUGUUAUGCAUGUGUGCUUAGAUAUGCAUUUGUGUAUGAGGUGUGUGAAGAUAGAUAAGUAAGUGUGGUUGUAUAAUAGUGUGUGUGUGGGAGGGUUGGGAUUUAAUUAAAAUUAUAUCAAUGCAGAUGUGACACUGCCGGAAAUAUGAUGCCACUAAUGAUUGAGAGGAUUAAUGAAGGGGAGGAUUAAUACUGAGGAAGGUAACUGAAGAUGGGGUGGCAUAGAGGGAGUAGUUGAUUCUGGAGAAGGAAUAUAAACACUGUUACAGUGGGUCAGGAAACUGGUGGCCUUUGAUUAGGUGGGGUGUGAGAAGAUGUUGACACAAGAAUAGGGUGAAAAAGGGAGAUACUGAUUCUGCAUAUUUUCUGUGCCUAUACUUACUGUUUAUAUAUGAAAAUAUGUGUUUCUAACCAGUGACCAAUUUUGGUGAACUUUAGGGGGUCAGCGUGGUUCCUGCAGGGGCUAAAGGGAAACUCCGCAAACAUAAAGCACUUCAUCCUUGCUGAAGUUCUUUAUGUGUCUGGAGUCUGUAAUUUUCUUGACAGGUUAUAGAAGUGCUGAUUUCAGUAGAAAUUGGCACUUUUACAAUUGGGGAAGAAACAUUGUCUGAUAGCCAGGGCGGGAGGGGGACCCUGAGGGUGGGGGCACCCUCAGGGCACUAUAGUGCCAGGAAAACGAGUAUGUUUUCCUGGCACUAUAGUGGUCCUUUAACUCCUAAAUGGCAGAGAAUUGAGUGGGGAGACUGCAGGGGCAUGAUCUGUACACAAAAUCCACUUCAUUAAACUAAAGUUGUUGGUGCUUAGAGUGUCCCUUUUUAAUAUGAAGUUGUUUAACUUGAGACCCUUUAAGUAAUUGAAAGAUUUAAAUAGUUGCACUUGCAUGUCAGUUGUCACUUUACAUGAUAUUAAUCUAUUUUUAUUUGUAGGCACUUUAAUAAUUGGUCUUAAUUAGACUUGGGCACAAAUUAGUUUCAGCUGCACUGAACAAAUCAAAAGUUUGUCAAUCCAUGGAAGAGUACUUUCAAACGUUGGGGGCAGGCUUAGAAUCACCAAAACUGAGCACUAUUGCUCAGCCGCUGAAAAUUUAAAUGAUUAAAACAGCUGUAUGUAUCGCUUACUUGGAGUGCUACAUACACUAUCAGUCUGGGGCCACUAAAUAUCGCCCCAGCUGACAGAGGGGAGACCUAGGUAUUGAUUGAUACCUCUGGUUUCCCAAUAUUCUAUCUCUGCUUGUUCCAAAAUGUUAAGUUGUUCCAUGCUGUCCUUAUGCUGGUAAAGCCCAUUCUCUGGAACACUGCAUGGAACGUUCUAAUGUCCUGAGCAUUUUUUUGCAUAAUGCUCAGGACAUUAGAACGUUCCAUGCAGUGUUCCAUGCAGUGUCUAAAUUAUUUUUUUUCCUCAUGCAACGUAUGAGUGCAUUUUAGCAAGUAUGGAACAUCAACUUUUGCAUAUGUGCAUUGACCCCCUGCACAGCAGCUUCUCACACAUAUUUUUCUUUAAUGAUAAGCAGCUGGGGGUUACUACAUGAGUGUUCACUGUUCUACAGAUCCACAUAGCUUACAUAGUUACGUAGUACUCUAGGUUGAAAGAAACUCAAGUCCAUAAAGUUUAACCUUUAAAACACAUCUGUUAUGCUGUUGAUCCAAAAGAACACCUGCCCCCCCUCCCACUCCCCCCACUUUGAAGCAUUGGCUCAAAAAGUGAUUUUAAAAAAUUCUUCUUGUCUGUUAUGUAUGCCUACUAGUGAACAGGUUAGCACAGGCACAGGGCUCAAAAUUUCCACUAAACACUAGCCAUUGGUGAGUGAAAAUGUAUCCCUGGCAAGUUGGAAUUCACUCCUGGCUAGUGGCUAUUGCUUACUGUGACGAUUACCUAGUAGCAUAGGACUUCAAACCCUCGGUUAGCACAUAGCAGUUUGUAUUAUGUUUAACUUGCUGUGGUUGUAGUUCAAAUCACAUAGAUUCUCUGCUGCCUAGCAAGGAUUUAUAUGAUGCUGCUACUCUCCCUUUAAAAUCUGCAGAAGUACCUGGAGGGUCCCACCCUCAAUGUAAUCACUGCAGAUGUCAUUGAAAAAGAUGCUGAUGAAUUGCAGCAAACGGGACUGUUUUCUUUGUUUGUUUUUUGUUUGUUUUUUGCAUGUUAUUAAUGCUGUAGCCUAGUGUGUCCCAUUCUAUUGAUCAUUAUGGGUACUUAUUUAUCUUGAUCUUUAUAUAUUUAUCUUUCAGCUGAUGAAUGAUUUUUUUAUUUUAAGUUUUUUUAUUUUUGUUUGUUAUUGAAUGAGUUUUUCUUUUACAGGGCCCAGUGCCCCAAUUCAUUCUCUCCCUAGCUGCAGCUCAAAUUCAACUAAAGCAAGAGAACCGAAGAGAGCAUCUUCUCCUGUUCCCACCGAGUCUGUUCUAGAAGCACCACAUGCAGAGAGUCAUCAAAGGCCAUCUCCCUCUGUAAGUGGAUUCCUGUUCCACCCUUUAAGACUGAAGAUAGAUGUAGAUUUUACACUGUGUAGCAGCCAAAUAAAGUAUUAUUAAUAGUAAAAUAUAUGGUAAAUUAUAUACUAAAAGAACAGUGUAAAAUGGAAUAUCAGUCUUCUUUGCUUGCAUUUUUGAUUUUGGCUGUAAUUCCUAUAUAGUUCAAAGUAUUAUUUAAAAUGUGUUGUGCAUAAGAAAAAUUACCUUGUUAUACAUUGUGUAUUGGCUAGGAGAACCCCAUUAGAUAGUAACAUUGAUUAAUUUUAUUAUUGCAGAAGAAGAAAAAAAGCGAGGGCAAAAAACUGCGUGAAUAUGUCCCCCAACGUCGGUCAGGAGGAUAUGCGGUGCUUAUAACACUGUACAAAAACAGCCAAGUAAGAAAUACGCUUCUCUUCAUCCCAGUGUCGCUCCUGCCACAGACUGACACCAGAUGGUGACAGUGAUUCAGACAAAAGGGAGAUCUGAGCCUCUCCCUCUCAUAAAGCAUGACUGGGAAAAGUACUGGGAAUCUGUUCAUCUCACUGCAGGGCAGCACAGUGACUCAGCAGAUGGCUGCUGUGAAUAUCUGCAGAUUAUUACAGUAGAAAUUAGGUGAUCAGCUGUUGUGUGCCAUGUUGGAAAAUACAUGAGCUAUGCUUUUGGUUUUCCUUUACAUAUGAGACUGAAUGCUGGUAUAAUAUUUUUUUAUUUGUAAUCUGUUAUUUUUUAUUUGACCCGCAUGUAUUUUCAUUAGAGUGCUCUGACCUCAUUAAUGCACAUUAUAGAAUCGAUAAGAACUGAUCAGCAAUGCUCCUAAUGAACUGAUCAUAUUAUGAUGCAGGAUGUUGACACGUGAAUUAGCCCCGGUUUUAUAUAUCAUUACAGUAAGAAACAAUCAGCCAUUCUCACUGCGCACAGUAUUAGAAUUCCAUAAUUAUUUUCUCCUUUCGAACUCUGGUUAUAUGUAUGGUAUUUUAUAAAUAACUUAGACCACACAAUAAUCACAGUUUAUUUAAAUUUCAAUGGGCUAGGCCGUGGGGUUUAUUUAAAGUUUAAUGGGCUUUCAACCAUCAUUUCAUAACGAUAAAAACAUAUUUUAUAAAAUGUAACUUUAUUUUUAAACCUUUUAACUUUGCCAACCACAAAAUUGCCAGUUAUCCACCUUUUAUUUAAAAACCAAUAACCACGAUAUCCUUCCUCAGAACUUGACCUUUUAUAAAGAAAUAAAUUAAUAAAAGGGGAGGUAGGGCAGGGGUCCGUCCACCCUGCUCCUGACCUAAUAAUUACUGACCGGACUGUUCUUGCGCUGCCGCAAUUUAUUCUUACCUGGCCUCUCCCCAAAUAGCUUGUGUCCCCCAGGAACAGUUGUGUCACCACUUCUACCCAGCUACCUGUCUGCCCAACAUACAAAGGGUCAUGAAGUUUACCUAACUUCUCCUGUCCAUACAAAAAGGGUAAAUUAACCCUUUAUUGCCACCAUAUCAGAGCUUGGUUCCUGUGGCAUUUAGAACCUCCAUAAACCUGUGCUCUAGGUUCCCUUUGAACCAAAUAGUAUGAUUAACUGUAAACUUACUUUUAAAAGAGGUUUUACAGGAAUGAGAAGAGUUUUUUUAGAUUUGAUAAAGGACCAUUUUUGUAUCAGAAGCAAUCUUCUUGCUUUCAGCACACUGACAACUAAUGCACUUAGUAAUUAUAUGUAGUAUGACAUUUAAAUUAGUAACUUGUGAUGCAAAAUAAAGUUCUGAACAGGUUCAUUUUAUUACAGUGGUAAAAAUUGAUUGAAUCAGCACUAGCCCUUCUGUACGGUGGCACAGGAGGCAGCCUUAGACCAUGAGCAGGGGCUGCUAAAUCCUUAGUCUCUGUCCAAAUAGCUAGACUGGCGCCAGGAGACUUUUGGGUGGGAGGCAGCAGUAGAGUUCAGAGAACUCAACAACCAACACAGGCAGGAUGUGGCUGAGCUUGAGAACUUCAGGAGCAACACAGGCAGGAUGUGGCUGAGUCAGCUAUCCACGUGACAGAGGUAGUGAAGAUUGAGUGCGGGUACAGAAAAUGCACCUUCACCUGUGUAGCCAAACAUCCUUUAUCUAUAUAAAACCAAACCACAAUUCACCCAGUCAGAGAGAAUGUCUGAGAAUAAAGCUGUUUCUUUUUUUAGAGUUCAAGUUACAAAGGUUACAUGACCAAAGCAGAACUACAAAGAGAAGCUCAGUCACUGUGUGAUAAAUCAUUCAUUCUGGUGAGUUCCCUGUUCUUGCAUAUCUAUAAUCACUUUUGUUGUAUCUGUAUCGUUCAGUACAUCUUUACAAUUCACAGAAAGGUAAAAAAAUACAAAAGAAGGCUGCGCUUAGAUAAAACUUAAAUAAUACGAAAAGUCCAAGUAAAAUCAAUGCAUAAAAAGAGAAAGUCUUAUCUGGCAAUGUCCGUUGAAAACUUAUUAUAUAAUGAUACUUGGUCCGAAACAGUGGUCUUGCUUGUUAUCUUCCUUAUGGACCGUCUCAUAUGCAAGAAAUAAGAACAAAUACAGAGCCAAGAUAGUGUAGUAUAUCUUGAAUAAAAUGGAAGUAGAAAUGUAAAACUUGAUUGCAAACUCACAUUUAAAAGAGCUAGGACCUGCUCUGGUAUAGAGGGCACACAGCGGUUUAAAUCCCCGCUUAUAGGAUAUGGGAUGAAUUUCCUUCGCGUCCUUCCUCCUUCCGUAGUAUGAAAGACACUCGAAUAAAAAGAGACAACUAACAGUGUUCUCUGUAUAAAAUUUUAAAUAAAAUAAAUAAAAUGAAGGUGGAUACUCACAAGACAGGAGCAGAUCAACUGCUCCUGGUAGUUCGCUUUGGUGGUAUAAUCCCCACCUAGGUUUGCUUGGAGUCCAGCGAAUAAAAAGGAAUAAUGCCAGGUAACAAUAAUAAAUAUAUGUGUAUAAAAAGAUAAAUGGUGCAAUAAAAGAUUACCAAAUAUACUUUAAUAUUUAAAAUUACACAGUAUAAAAAUUUUAAAUAUUUAAAUACUAAUCUGUGUUAUCUAGCGCUCACUCAUUGUUCUGGUUUUACAUCUUUACAAUUGCUCAUAUUGGGAUAUAUUUGAAGGAAUGUUGGUGAAAAUAUAUAAUAACAAAUCUUUCUCUUUAGAUUUUCUGAUUUUUUUUAUUUUUUUCUGUUAGUGCAACUACUUCACUACCCUAAAGAGACCGGUUAUUUUUGUUAUGGCUUACACCACAUUUAAAUGAACACGAUGAACACUAUAAGGUCAGGAACACAAACCCAAAAAGAGCCAGCACAAGUCAAACACAGCCCUGGCCAAUUAGCAUCUCCACAUAGAGAUAUAUUGAAUCAAUGCAUCUCUAUGAGGAAAGUUCAAUGUCUCCAUGCAGAAGGUGGAGAUACUAAAUGGCGGUGCUGCAGGAAGCACCUCUAGUAGCCACCUGAGGAGUGGCCAGUGAGUUAUCACUAGGCUGUAAUGUAAACACUGCAUUUUCUCCGAAAAAGCCUGAAGGGAAUGAUUCUCCUCACCAGAGCAAAUACAAUAAGCUGUAGUUGUUCUGGUGACUAUACUGCCCCUUUAAGGAGGAAUUGUGAAUGUGACAUUUUUCUUUCUGAUCGUUCCUUUUUAUUCACCCCAGCAAACACUAUCCCAUUGUUUUGUGGAAUCAUAUAUGCAGCAGAGUUUCUUAAAAAAUGUCUUCUUCAACCACACAAACUUGGUAGUGGGCAUCUUUUUUUAAUUUAAUAAUGCUCUCAUAGUUUUUGAGUGUGAUCCUACCCUAUUGCAUUCUAUUACCUGAAUGGUGUUUAUGUGCUCACAUUGAAGUUAGAUUUAUUUAAUUUUUUGUUUGCAAAUAUCUUUCUUUCAGGGUUAUUCACUAAAGUGAGUUCAAAGUGAAUUAAAAAUGUACAGUCAAAAUUGCCAAACUGGAAAAAUUCCGGUCACUGAUGCUUUUCAUUAGCUACUCUUGCCUUAAAGGACCACUAUAGGCACCCAAACCACUUCAGCUUAAUGAGGUGGUCUGGGUGCCUGGUCCAUCUAGGGUUAACCCUUUUUUCUAUAAACAUAGCAGUUUCAGAGAAACUGCUAUGUUUAUAAAUGGGUUAAUCCAGCCUCUAGUGGCUGUCUCAUUGACAGCCGCUAGAGGGCUUCCGCGUUUCUCACUGUGAAAAUCAGUGAGAAGUCGCCAGCGUCCAUAGGAAAGCAUUGUAAAUGCUUUCCUAGGAGACUGGCUGAAUGCGCGUGCAGCUCUUGCCGCGCAUUCAGCCAGAGAGGAGGAGGAGAGCUCCCCGCCCGUCGCUGGAGAAAGAGGUAAGUUUAACCCCUUCUACCCCCUAGAGCCCGGCAGGAGGGGGACCCUGAGGGUGGGGGCACCCUCAGGGCACUAGAGUGCCAGGAAAACAAGUGUUUUCCUGGCAUUAUAGUGGUCCUUUAAAUUUGAAAUUCACUUUUAAUUAAUUUUAAAUUCUCACUUUAGUGAAUUACACUACAAGAUUUUGAAGAAAAUGAUGCAAACAAAAAGAUUUAGUUUGAAUCCGUGGUAACUAUUUUGCCUAUUAGUUUUGUCUUAUUAUUCUGAUCAAACUAAAACUAUAAUCAAAUUAUGUUAGAAAAUACUAUGUGCUUCUUGUUAUACUGAAAUCUGUGGGCAUAUUUUCUUUUUCAGACUGACGCCAACAAUAAGUACACAGCUUGGUCUUCCGUCAGUACGUUGAUACAGAAGGAUCUGGUCAUCAAAACUCACAGCCCAGCUAGGUAAGACAAGUAAGCCUUUGAACAAACCAUCUAAGUUUGUAUUCAAUUCCCAGUGUGGAGCAAGUAAUUGAGAGGGGGGAAUUGUUUUUUAAAAACCAUGGUAAUUUCAUCUUCGUAAAGUGCAUCUGCUGCUAGGAACAAUUAGGGCAGCUCCCUACCAGAAAACUGCUGCAAAAAUAUUUGCCAAAAAAUGGAUUUGCUUUUAUCAGCAGGCAGAGGAUUUAAAAUAACGGAUGACACAAAAGUUAGCGGUAAGGAAGGAGAGCUGAAGAGAAAGGGAAACAGCUGUGGUCUGGGGAGGGAAGAAUGAAAGGCUGAAGUGGGAGAGUGAUGGAAGUGCUCUAAGUGAGAGCCUAAUAUGGCAAGUGUGUUGUAUAUAGGGCUGCCAUAUACACCAUGUUUUCUAGGACACACAUCCCUUAUUCAUAUUAAUGAGCAAUACCGAAGUGUUGCCUUGAGGUAUGUAGUGUUCACAUGCUGCAGAACACCUCAUUGGUUAAUAACUUAAUUUGCUUCCAACAGCAUUUCAAUUCUACAUAGAAGUAUUCGUGAUUGGGCACACUCAUUUGUAAAUGGUGAUCCCGAACAGGAGCUCUGCUAUGUGUUACAGGUGCAAAAAAGGUUAAGAUUGACACCUGAUGUCAGCCAGGUAGAUGUUACAUAGUAUAGAACAGUGUUUCCCAACCCAGUCUUCAAGGCACACCUACCAGUCCAGGAUUUAGGGAUUACAGGGUGUGUCUAAGGUGUUUUUACAAAGAAGAAAAUAAACACCUUAGACACAACUGGGUAAUCCCUAAAUCCUGGACUGGUAGUUGUGCCUUGAGGACUGGGUUGGGAAACACUGGUAUAGAAACCAAUGCACACUAAAAUUUAGUAGAAAACAAAAGCAUUUCAAUUCUACAUAGAAGUAUUCGUGAUUGGGCACACUCAUUUGUAAAUGGUGAUCCCGAACAGGAGCUCUGCUAUGUGUUACAGGUGCAAAAAAGGUUAAGAUUGACACCUGAUGUCAGCCAGGUAGAUGUUACAUAGUAUAGAAACCAGUGCACACCAAAAUUUAGUAGAAAACAAAAGCAUUUCAAUUCUACAUAGAAGUAUUCGUGAUUGGGCACACUCAUUUGUAAAUGGUGAUCCCGAACAGGAGCUCUGCUAUGUGUUACAGGUGCAAAAAAGGUUAAGAUUGACACCUGAUGUCAGCCAGGUAGAUAUUACAUCAUAUAGAAACCAGUGCACACCAAAAUUUAGUAGAAAACAAAAGUUUAAUUAUUUGUUAAAAUUAACUAAAUAUUAAUGAAGAUUCACUAAAUUUUUCUUUUAAAAAAUAGUACAAGCAUGCUACCUCAAUCUGGAAUGCAAUAUGUGUGUAAGAUUUCUCACUUUAAAGAAAACAAAACAAAAAAUAACUCAAAAAGUUAUCAUUAUUAAGAAAUCAUGUAGGAAUUUCCAACAUUUUCACUUUGUUGUCUCCCCUUCAUAAUGACCAGGAGGUCACUAAGUGGUUUCUUUGACUUGUGCAUUUGAAGUGUUACUUAAAGGAACACUAUAGAAUCAGAAAUACAUAAAUGUAUUCCUGACCCUACAAUGUAAAAACACUAUUUAGGUGGCCGUCUCCGCUUACCCUCUUAAAAAGGCUUUAAGCUCACCUUUAUUCCAUCUCUACCGGUGCUGGCUUCGCCUCCUUGGCUGAGAUAAUCAGAAAUGACCAUCUCAGCCAAUCCAAUGCUUUCCCGUUGGAAAGCAUUGGGAGGCUAAUGCGCACGCACGGCAAAAUGCAAUGCUGCACCAAUCAGCAACUCCUCAUAGAGAUGCACUGAAUCUUUGCAGUUCUAUGAGGAGCUUUCAGUGCCUCCUUGCAAGGCGUGGAGACGCUGAAU